AUGUCUUUUCGAAAAACAACUUUCUCUUAAUACUCUAGUAAUGUCUUAAAGCUUGACUUUGAAUCAGAAAAUUAAUCUGCAAAAACUCUUUAGAAAUCCAAUUAUACUAUAACUACAGACUAUAACUCACCUUAAGGUAAUCUAGAUAGUCUUGACAACUUAUUGGAUUAAAAGUCUUCAAAGAAGUCACGAUUCUUUUUUAGCUAAAAAAUUGAUAGUGAAGAGAACUUUAGACAUAUUAAGACAGAGAGCGAUUUAUAAUAGAAGGAAGUAAAAGAAGUUCGUCCUUUUCGCUUUAGAAGGCGAGAAAUCCAACCAAAAAUAGAUUUAAAUGAUAAGAAUGAUGUAGAUGAAUUUUUUACUGGAGUGGAAAUACCAAGAAUAAGCUAAUAAGCCUAAAAAUAAAAUCCAUAUCAAUUAGUGACCUUCACUGAUUAUGUAGAAAACCUUUAUGGAAAAGAUUGGUUUUACUAAAGAGAGAGGAAAUUUAAGAGAUAAAUCACAGUUUAAGAUUUCUUUGAUACCCCAUGUUGA